AAUUGCACUGAGGGGGAGAAACUCACUUCUUGACACCAGCCUUACAUUUUGUGGGCUCACUUUUGAGUUUCCAACUACCACCAUGACAUCAGCUCUACGCUGGAAUUUCCACUAUUUUUAUGUUGCAUCCAUCUUUCUGGGUAUUCCCAGAAACCCCUAUAAAGAGAGAGUCCAAACAUGAGACAGAGACACAGACCUCCAGAGUCUCUUAGUUCGUGCUCUGCCCCUCCAACAUCUCUCCUCUCAGGAUCAUGAAGGUCUCUGUGGCUGCCCUCUCUAUCCUCGUGGUCAUGGCCUUCAGCUCUCUGGCAUCCUCUGCUCCAAUGGGCUCCAACACUCCCACCUCCUGCUGUUUUUCCUAUGUCAGUCAACAGAUCCCCAGAAAAUUUGUGACAGACUAUUAUGAGACCAGCAGCCUGUGUUCCCAGUCAGCUGUGGUGUUCAAGACCAAAAAGGGACGGCAGAUGUGUGCCAACCCCAGUGAUGACUGGGUUCAGAAGUACAUGGCUGACCCGGAGCUAAACUGAGGGCCUCACAGGCCUAGGACAAUGGACCUUAAAGGGAAAUGGGCCAAGCUAAGGAAUUCCACAUUCAGAAGCAAUCUCCCCAGACCCCAGCCUUCCUGAGAUGUUUUUUAUCAGUGAAAUUUAAUUUAUGUAAAUUAUUGGGUGGCAGCUUUGGAUAUUUAUUGGUACUAUUUGCACUUUUGGAGGACACCUGUUCCCCAUGGAGACCUCUGUUAGCAGCCAAACCUCAGUUCCUUUGAAUCCUGGGGUCAUCUGCUAGAUUCCAUGAACAUCUGUUGGACAAAGAUUUCAGAAUAAAACUUUUUCAAGUCAUA